AGAGAAGAUUUGAUAUUUUAUUUACCGAAUGGGAUAAGGCAAAAGUAGUUAGGCUGCACGGUAAAUAUUCAGUCCGCGAAAGAAGAAAGUUGUGAUUAUUAGGUAAUAGUCCUACACCCCAAACAAUGGCUUUGCGAAAUGUUUUAAAGUGUACCAAUUCGUUAAUUCGUCGUCAAUUGAUGGUGACAUCAAAAUCCCAAAUUAAUGAACAAACGCGCAAUUUUACAUUAGGGGCAACAUUAAAGCAAGACGUAAAGAUCACAUUCAUAAGGGCCAGUGGUGAAAGAAUCCAGACGAAAGGCAAGGUUGGGGAUUCCCUGUUGGAUGUUGUGGUAAAUAAUGACAUAGACUUGGAUGGCUUUGGUGCUUGUGAGGGUACCCUGACGUGUUCAACAUGUCAUUUGAUAUUCAAACCAGCCGAUUAUAAUAAAUUGCCCGAUAAGCCCAGUGACGAGGAAUUGGAUAUGUUAGAUUUAGCCUAUGAUCUGACAGACACCUCACGCCUGGGCUGCCAAAUCACAUUAACGAAAGAUAUGGAUGGUUUAGAGGUACAUGUUCCUGCUACCAUCAAUGAUGCCCGUGCUGCGUAACCAAUAUUUAAAAUUGAUGACUUCGCUCAGGGUGAACCCAGAACAAAAAAAAAACCAAUUCCUUUGAACAUAGACCCGAUAGCAAUAUUCAUAACUAGUAAUUUUUAUAAUUUUAGGAAUUUUAAAUGUCAAUAAUGUCUUAUGAAUGAACCUCAUAUGAUAUAUAUAUAUAUUA